ACCGUGCAGCAGCCAGCCCCAGAGAAAGGAGGAUCGAGCUUUUCACUAAAGCUAUAUAGCAUCCAUGUCUCUAAUAUAGCUUGUGAAGGACCCUCAUAGAAACUGGGAGAGAGGAAAACCUUUUAUAUUCUCACAGAUUUUUCUCAGUGUUAUUUGGAUUAUGCAUAUCUGCAUUCCACUUCACUGGACCUGGAUGCAGGAUCUAGCCAGGCAGAAUCCAGCAAGUCAGCUGGUCCUAUCAGUUUACCCCAAAGGGGCUUUUUUCCUCCCUUUUUCUCUUCUAUUUGUUUGAAAUGCCCAGAUAAGCAAGCAGCUGAAGCAAGAGGCAGUCGGUCAGCUGCAUAGUGAGCACAGGGGACCAGGACGACCGCCGGUACAGUACAGGCAUCUUAAAAUAGAAAUAUAAAAGGAGGAGAGGAGGAGGAGAGUGUUGUGUGGCAGAGCUGUGGUAUGCCCUGCUCUGUGCCUAGCAGUAGCAUGGCCGUGAUACAGGAGAAACAGAGGGAGACCCCCAGCAAGAAGCCAGUAUCCCAAGAAGACAGAAAGGGGCUUUCUACCAGAGACAAUCAAGACAACCAGAAGGACAGCAGAUCCGGGAGACAGGGAGAAAAAGGCAAUGACGACAUGAAGCCCCGUAAUUCAGAGAAGAGGAGAGCAGUCAUAUGUGUCCCUGCCUCCCUCAAAUCAGCUGUGAUCAGUAACAACACAAGUAGCCAUGGAAACCCAGCAGGCCCACAGGCACUGAAGGUUGAUGAGAGACUGAGACUAGCGAAAGAGCGGAGGGAGGAGCAUGAGAAACAACUUGUGUCCAGAGAGCUGGGCUGGUUGGCUCGAGAGGAGAGGGCCAGGCGUCUCUAUGAACAACAGCUGGAGGAGAGGAAGAGGAGGCUACAGGAGCAGAGAGAGAAGGAGGAGAAGAGGAGGACUGCUCUGGAGCGGAGGGAGGAGCAUCAGAAACAGCUUGUUUCCAGAGAGCUGGGCCGGUUGGCUCGAGAGGAGCGGGCCAUGCGUCACUAUGAGCAGCAGAUGGAGGAGAGGAAGAGAAGGCUUCAGGAGCAGAGAGAGAAGGAGGCGAGGAGGCGCACCGCCGUGGAGGAGAAGAGGAGGCAGAGAAUGAAGGAGGAAUCAGAGCGCUAUGAGUCUGUGGUGAAGAAGACCUUGGAGAAGAGCCAGAGGAUUAAGCAGAGACUCGGCCAGGGCUCUCGAGGAAGGAAGACCGACAACAAGAGCGCUCCUCGCCGCUCCCCCCUGACUGCCUGGGAGAGGGCUCUGGUCAGUCGCCUCCUCACCCCGACCUGCUCCUACCUAGCCAGGAGCAGGAGUCAUAAUUGUCAGUCAAGAGAAGAAGAAGUUUCAUGCCACUCCAUACCUGCCACUGCCACCAACUCUCACAAAUCACCACGCCGCUCUGGCACAACUGACCACCACCUGGUGCAGGCAGACCUCCGGACAGACUACCGGGCUGACUACCGGUCUAUCAUCCAGGCAAACUACCAGGUAGCCACCUCCCCCAGUCCCAGCCGUACAAGCCAUAGAUCCAUCAAUGCGGCACAGUUAAAAGCAGCACAACAGGAGGAAAAUGAGAGGACGGCCAGGAGGAAUACUCAGCAGCCUCACAUACCCAAUGCUCCCUUGAAAGCAUUACCCACAAACCCACUACCCAACACUGGCGUGAAAGUGUUACCCACAAACCCACAGUGCAGCGCAGCAGUGCCCUCCCCAGAACGCAAACCUGUGAUCAGACACACAGCUGUGAUCAGACAGCCCCUAUCACAGCAGUUAGAGCUGGAACUGGACCCUGUACCAGAGGAGGACACUGUUCCAGUCCCCGACCCUACCCUCUCCCCUGGUAACUCACAGGCCAGCCAGACCAUCUCUCCUGGGGCUCCAGUCCCCGACCCUAACCUCUCCCCUGGCAACUCACAGGCCAGCCAGACCAUCUCUCCUGGGGCUCCAGUCCCCGACUCUAACCUCUCUCCUGGUAACUCACAGGCCAGCCAGACCAUCUCUCCUGGGGCUCCAGUCCCCAACCCUACCCUGUCCCCUGGGAACUCACGGCCCAUCAGGACCCCAGCUGCAGUGUGGGACCAGGUCCAACCAUUCCUACACUCCCCAGAACCUCAGACUCAGAGAGAAACCACACUUAGUACUGAAGGCAGUGCAGAGGAGGGUUUGGAUCUGAAAGUGAAAGCCCUCCCUCCUGGAGCCACUCCCAGCCCAAGGCCCUCUGCUGGCACCAUGGACCCAGAGGAGGCCUCGCGUCUCCUGGCCGAGAAGAGGAGAGAGGCCCGCCUGAAGAGAGAGAGAGAGGAGGAGGAAAGCCUGCGCAGGGAGGAGUUUGAGAGGCGAGGCAGAGAGGAGCUGGAACGCAGGAGGGUAGAGCAGCGAGCACGGCUAGAGGCUGAGGCCAAGUGGCUGGUAGAGGAGAGGAAGAGGAGGGAGGAAGAGGAGCAGAAACAUGCAGAGGAGGAGAGAGCCAGUGCAGAAGAAGAGAAAGCCCUCAGAGCCAUGCAGGAAGCUGCUCUCCUCCAGAAACAGAGAGAGGAGGAGGAGACCCAGGCCAGGGAGAAGGCAGAGCAGCAGAGGCUGGAGAGAGAAAAACACUUCCAGGAGGAGGAGGAACAACGACAGGAGAGAAAAAAGCGACUGGAGUUGAUCAUGAGGAGAACUAGGAAAGAAAAGCCUAUCCUGAAUGGGAACUCAAACGGUAACUCCUCCUCUCCAGAGGAAGCCCAACCAAAAGAGAACACUGAACCUGUUAAGAAUAGCAAAGGCACUUUAGAAGAGGUCGGGACAGGGACCAAGCCGUCCAAGUUAGGUCUGUGUGACACAGAAGACAUGGUUCCUGUUGUGGCCUUCAAAGAACGCAGGUCCCUGAGAACUCUGACAGGCAUGGAGGAGAUCCAGUCCCAUCAGCGAGCAGAAGUUAUCUGAGUAUCGUACAGAUCAAAGAGGGGAGACAACCCAUCCAAGAAUCUUUCCACAGCUGUGGUGUUUUUUUCCUUUCAUCAACAAAGAAAAAAAUAACUGCAGUCUUUUUCCUGUCCUGCACUUUGAGAGAGCGCAUGUGAUGUGAAACCAACGCACACUCCUUUUCCCUGGAGGACUUUCCUAUCUUGGAGUCGAUCACCACCAUUUGGUCACGUUUCUCUUUAAUCCAAAGUGGCACGAGCUGCAUGUGGUAUCACUAUCUACAUUCUACCACACUUGACAUGGGAGCUUGUUUGUUCAGUGUUUCUGCAAUGACUGUCUUAUCUAGUCUAAAUGAGGGCUCAGGCCGCAUAGCUGUAGAUUUAAACUGUGAUUAAAAAAUUAAUUUGCUUCGGUGGGAGUCAGCAAUCGAUUGUGAAAAGAUGUAUUCUCUCUCUGUUUCACAAUUCAUGACUGAUGUUUUUAGUCAUGUGCUUUAGCUUAUUCCCGAAGCGUUGACUAAAGCACUUUGCCUUGCAGAUAGUAGGAUAGUUUGUGUGUUGGAACUUGUGUACUAGUCUCAGAAUAAAAGCUUUAGUUUUGAGUUCAAAUAAAGAUCACUUUGUCUGACUUUCCCUAUUUUUGUGGAAUAUAUAAAUCUGCUAUGGAACUUAUUUUCAGAAUAGUUACAGUACAUGUGUGGUUUAUAGUACUAUACUCACUCGUGGUUGACCACUUGCAAAGUGUUUUGGCAGUCCCCUUCUUGGAAAUUGUGCAAUCAUUUUAGAAAACAAAUUAUAAAAAGAGUCUGAAGUGUAAAAUGUAAGCCUGUUUAUUAAAAUGUACAAAAGUGUAAAAACAAAUAAAGAAAUU